AUGCCGUUCACCAAGCAACAGAUUGCCAAGUUUGAAGCCAUACGGAGGAAGAACAACAAUUUGGACCAAUGGCACGAAGACAGAAAGAAGACAUUCAAAGAGAGACACGAACAAUACAAAGAACAAAUGGAACACUCCAACGUUAUUCUGAGUUAUCCACAUUGGGUGAUGAGCGAAAGACUACGAGUACAAGACCCAGAACUAUAUGAAAAAUGGUACAAUGAGAUGCAAGAGACAGGAAUCGAAACACCAGUACCAAAAUCAAUAAAGGCGCAAGCUGAACAACAUGUCGCAGCCACCUUGCACGUAUUAAAGAGAGCCGCAGAACAUAACGUAGAUUUGGACGCAUCUCCACCUAAGAAACCAUCAUUCAUGAUCGAUGACAUAAUACAAGAAAAUUCUACAACUCCUCCUCCUCAAGCAUCUGGCAGCAAACGAAAAUUGGAACCUGAAGAACAUACACCUAUUAAACGUUCCUAUGAAGAAGACUUGGAAGACAUACUAUCUGAACUACGAGCACCAGAGGUUCCUGAAGAAGUUUUGACCCAGGUCGCUGAAAAAACCGAAGACGAAGUAUUCAUCAGCGACAUUAUACACAAAAUCAAUAGCACGGAUAACCUUUGGACAUUCAUCUAUAGAGGACCACCACCUACUAUUGUUACCAAUAGCCGUAUCAGUGCCAUUAUAAUACAACACUCUGACCACUAUCACGUUGUUUUUCAAGCUCUACCACAAAACCGUAAUCGAUCGCUACAGCGACUAUUGCAAGUUAUGGGCAUUCCAUCCACGUACACGUUCGACAUUCUCUCAACAUUACAACCUGUUGUUGACUGGUUCCGUUUCGCUCCAUACCUAGCACGUACCGGAUACUCUGUUCAAACACUAGGAACUAAAUUGCAACAUCUGGCAGAACAUAUCGGCCUAACACCUGCUGACCAAAAGGAUUGCGCCACACUAAACAGAGAGUCCCGAAAACAACAACAUUCCAACGUAAACAGAACUAAGCGAACCAACCUAAUCGAUGAACUGAUCGAAGUACAUAGAUGUACCCAUCUUAAAGAACUAAAACGAUGUCUCACACGAAAGCAGCGCCUAACCAUAUACAAUGAAUUCGGUAAACAGUGGGAAGAAUCCGCAAUCAUGUGCAUAGAAGCCUUCAAUGAAGAAUUGUUUGAAAGACAAACACACGUAUCAUUUGAGGAAUAUAUGUUAGAGAACAACCACAUGUCAGUAUGCGCUCAUCCUAAAACCUUGGACGACCCAUUCUUAGAUAACCUGUUAGCAGCCAACAAGAUUGACAAGGAUAAAUUUUGUAAGGCAAUACACGAAAUCAUGAAUAAAAAGAUUGACCGCCUCAAUUGCUUAUGUAUCGAAGGACCAACAACUACAGGCAAAUCUCUCGUUCUCAAAAUGAUUUGCCAAAACUACCAUUGCGGCACUGUACAAAGAUCAGGCGAUCAUUCACAAUUCUUUCUACAAAACCUUGUCGACAAAUCUAUUGCUUUGAUGGAAGAACCACGCAUUACUAUAGCCACAGUCAAUGACUUUAAAGAACUUCUUGGAGCCUUGGAACAUACAUCACCUCUAUCGACGCAGCAGCUAUAUAUGAACGAUGCCAUACGUUCCACUUCAGAGUUCGCGUCGGAUCUCCAGAACUGCCGAAACCACGGAGCACUCUCUGUGCUUGUUACUUCUCGUCUUGGUAUGGCAAGUGGUGGAAAACGAAUCCUUGUCGAUUCGACGAAUGAGGACGAUGGCACGGGAGAAACAGGACCAGCGACAGCAAAACGUAUCCGACUUCUACGACCUCGAUACAACACUACUACCAUUACAAUCACUCGCAAACAACACAUCACCGUCAACCAAUACAAGCCUGCAGAUACCUCUGAUACCUUUGCAAUCACCUGCCUUCCCCUGUCUACCUUUGAAUUCUGGGCCUUGCAAUCCGAUCAACAAUUCGCAGAACCCUUCGACACCUUGCGAACAGCAUUUCCUCUAUGUUCUUUCAACCAUGCUACAUUACGUCUAUCACAUUACAUCCCUCUCCAAAAAUCUCUUCAAGGCUCUAACGCUGUUGAUGUCACAUCAUUCAAUAGUUCUCCCUACAUGUACAUAGCUGAAGACGACACUGGACUCCUCAACACCGUACCUACACCAGUCACGGAACAAGCCCUAUUGGAUCAAAACUGCAAAGUUCCCUCUAACACUUACUGGCAAUUUUCUAGCGAUCAAGGCCUACUGGCAUGCAACAACGUCCACACUCUAUCUGCAAACGAAGUUUUCUUCAAACGCUACGACUUUGAUAACAAUGGCAAAUUUCUCGUUGCUACACCUGCUCCUACUCCCAGAGGAUUUGCAUACAUGCCAGGCGACUAUUUCCAAAACGUUGCUCCAUACAACUACUCACCCUUUUGGAAAAAACUUUAUUCAUCCUAUGCUGUGCCCACUACUCCCAUCACCGUGGUCCCUGACCAAAUUGCAUUUAAUCCCUACGCACAUACCAUGCAACCCAUUUUCCUAUUCCCACCAUACAUUGAACCUGUCUCCGCCUCUGAAGAUAUCGUCCGAAUGAUGGGACACGUACUCCUUGAAACACAACUCACACUCACCUUGAUUGCACCUCCUGAUGGCUGGCGAAACAUUGCCAGCAACCUCACUACUUGGACCAAUGCCAAUUCCUGUAAACUUGACACUGGUACUUACACUGAUACCACCUUGCACUUUCCUACUUUUUUCCAUCACGCAUAA